AUCUCUCCAUCAACAACAUAUCCAAGAGCUAAUAAUCUCUGUGGCACUCGGCAUUCUCUCAAGAAGAAAAAAAUCUCCACCGUCCUGAAACAUGCAGCGAAUUUCGAUUGCAAUUUCACUAAUAUCCAUUUUAUUAUGUUCCGCUAUAUUAACUAGAGCUCUUCCUGAUGAACCUGAGUUUGGUUACGAUGAAGAUAGUGCAAAUGGGCCUCAACACUGGGGCGAUAUUAAAGAAGCAUGGGCAGCAUGCAAAACAGGGCAAAUGCAAUCUCCUAUUGAUUUGUCCAGAAACGAUGUGCAAGUGAUUCCCAAAUUAUGGGGUCUCAAAUAUUGGACCUAUAACCCUCAAUAUGCUACACUCUCCAACAGAGGUCACGAUGUUGCAGUGGAUUAUUUGAGAGGGGAUGCGGGCUCAAUAGACAUAGAUGGAUCAUCUUUUUCCCUCGUACAAAUCCAUUGGCACUGGCCCUCCGAACAUACCAUCGACGGCCGGAGGUAUGACUUGGAGUUGCACAUGGUGCAUGUUAGCCCACAGCCUGAUGGAACAAACAAAACUGCUGUUGUUGGUGUUUUGUACAAGUAUGGUUCUCCUGAUCCAUUGCUCUCUAAGGUGGAACAAUACCUAGGGGACAUUCCUAAAGAAAAUGAAGAGGAAAGUAUCGGAGAAAUUGAUCCCUCAGAGAUUAUGAGUGGUAAGAUGUUCUACAGAUACAUAGGAUCACUCACUGCACCACCUUGCACCGAAGGCAUUAUUUGGACCAUUGAUAAGAAGAUAAGAAGUGUUUCAAGAAGACAAGUGGAGUUACUGAAGGAUACUGUACUUAAACCUUAUGCUCCAGGGAAUGCAAGGCCACUACAGCCUCUAAAUCAGAGGAACCUACAGCUCUACCUUUCAAAGAAGCCUCUCUAUUAGUUUCAGCAUUGCUCUAUUUUUUUUUUUCUUUUUCUUUAUUAUUCAUUUUACAUUGGUCUGCUUCAUUCUUUUUAUGUAAAAUAAGCGUUUUCCCGAGUGGAAGCGCAUAAAAACGAAUAAGUAUUUUCAAUUGAUUUUUCCUGUAUUUUUUUGACAUUUUUGGGAUUAUAAAUUUUGUUGACCGAGAAAGAACAGUUAUAAUUGGUCA